AUGGAGCUACACCAAAUCUUGUUUCAGGCAAUUGAGAGAAAGAAUACCACAGAUAAAUUCAACAGUGAUGUUCACCUGAAAGCACAGUUAGACCAGCUGAUGGGGAGAAAUGAGGAACUUCGACAGGAGCUGAAAGAGGCUCGCAAAGAGGCUGGCAUAGCUGGCAACCAGCUGGCAAAAGCUACUGAAAGGAUUACAAAUCUGGAAAGUGAGCUAACUUUAUUACGUCAAUCUGGAGGAUGCAGUGUUGUGUUCCAACCUCUUGCUCUGCCAGAAGGAAUAGUACCCUCUAGUAUUGAUGUCAUCAAUACGCUGAAUGAAUAUCUGGUGCAACUUCUACAGGAAAUCUCAAAUAAAGAAAAAGAAGGAAAAAAACUGCAAGAGGCUGCUGAAGAUCACAAACGCAAGUUUGCAGUGAUUCGUCAUCAACAGGGAUUGCUGUAUAAGGAAUAUCAAAGUGAAAGGAAAUCCUGGCAAAGGGAUAUUGAAAAAAUUGAAGAAGAAAAGAAAAAGCUUGAGGAUUUAAAGCAACAAGAUCAAGUGAAAAUAGAGGAAUACAAUCAACUACUAGAAACACUUCAGGUAGAUCCAGAUGAAAUGAAGAAGAAGCUUGCAGGGCUUACUAGCAAGUUAACUGUGCUGCGGGUUAAUGAAAGUUCCUUAAGAAGGCGUUAUACGACCCUGAUGGAAAUGGAACAGCACCUAAGGAAAGAAAAUAACAAGCUCAAGAAUGAAAUAAUAGCCAUGGAGGCAGCAGUUAGUGAAAGAAUUGGAUACCUGCAAAGAUUCAAGGACAUGGCUAGUUUUAAAAUUGCUGCGUUGCAGAAAGCUUUGGAUGAAAGUGCACCUAUAUCAGACCUGGAGCGAGCUAAUAAGCAAUACAAUGAACUCACAGCUAAGUAUAGAGAUCUGCUGCAGAAAGACAACCUGUUAGUCCAGAAAACCACUAACCUAGAACAUUUGGAGGGUGAAAAUACAGUGCUACGUGAGCAGAUCAGUACUUUAAACAAGGAGUUGGAAAUUACAAAGGAAAAGCAGCACACAUUGGAGCAAGCCUUAGAAGAAAUACAGAAACUAGGAGGUCCAACUGCUAUGGAUAAAGAAACAAAGGCAAUUACCAACAGUGAAAUUGUGUCCAUCUCCAAGAAGAUUACCAUGCUGGAAAUGAAAGAACUAAACGAACGACAAAGAGCGGAGCAUGCUCAGAAGAUGUACGAACAUGUGCGUGACACGCUCAAACAAGUUGAAGAACGAAACUUGGAGCUUGAAUCCAAAUUCUCUGAAGUAACCAAAAUAAACCUGGAGGCCCAGAGAGUGGAACAAAACCUUAGAGAUGAGUUGGCCAACAGCGUAAGCCAAGCAGUGAGUAAUGCAGACAGGAGCCGCAUCACAGAGCUGGAGAAAUCAGAAUCUGAGUUAAAAGUUGAGGUGUCCAAGUUAAGAGAUAUCGCCGAUGUAGCGAAAAUGCAGGUUUCAGCCUUGGAAGCCCUCCAGCAGUCUAGGGAGAAAGAGGUGGAGGCACUUAGGAAGCAAGUACUUGAUUACCAGGCACAGUCAGAUGAGAGGGCUCUCAUUGCAACAUUGCAUCAACACAUUAUCGCGUUGCAGGUGAGUGAAGCCACUGCUGUUAGCAAGCUGCAGGCAUUUGCAAGUAAGCUGCAAAAAAUGGAGGCCUGCAACCUGCGGCUGAUGCAGAAGCUGGAUGAGAAGGAUCAGACCCUUUUCCACACCCGGCUAGAAGGCAGGAACAAGGCCAAGCACCUGCGACAGACUAUUCAGUCCUUACGCAGGCAGUUCAGUGGAGCCCUACCUCUUGCACAACAAGAGAAGUUCUCAAAGACUAUGAUGCAGCUACAGGAUGACAAGCUGAAGAUAAUGCAGGAUGUUAAACGUUCCCAAGAGGAGAGGAGAGUGGCAGAGGACAAGGCUUUGGAACUGCAACUGAAGCUGAAGGGGCUAGAGGAAUUGAUAGGAUCAUUAAAGGAUGCAAAAGGAGCACAAAAGGUAAUUGAAUGGCACAAAAAAAUUGAGGAGCUCCGUCUCCAAGAUCUCAAAACAAAUCGAAGUAUAAACAAGCAAAAGGAAGAAAUAACUUACUUAAACAAUAUAAUAACUGAGCUGGAGCACACCAUCAACAAUCUAGAAGAAGAGACGGUUCAACAAAACAAGCUCCAUGAAGAACGGCAGAUAGCAUGGGAUCGCAGAGAGUUAGAGCUACAACAUCAGUUGGAUAUGUAUGAACAUCAACAUAACGAAAUACUGAGUGCAGCUCAAAAGUUUGAGGAAGCAACUGGUUCAAUCCCAGACCCUAAUAAACCACUUCCAGAGCAGCUGAAUGUGGCUGUGCAAAAGAUCAGAGAGCAUGUCUUCAUAAUUCUUGAAACACAAGCAACCUGCAGGACUCUGGAAGAGAAACUUAAAGAGAAGGAGGCAUCUCUGUGGAAGGCAGAACAGAAUGUGCUGUCCCGAGACCAAGUAAUAAAUGAGCUCAGACUUCGACUACCGGCUACAGCUGAGCGAGAAAAGCUGAUGGUGGACCUCAGUAAGAAGACAGAGGAUGAUACAGAAAGUAGGAAGGCCCUGAAAGUAGCUCAUCAAACCAUUGCUAACCUGCAGGCCAGACUAGAUCAGAAGGAGGAAGUUCUACAAAAGUACCAACAGUUGCUGACAAGAGCACACCAGGACCAAGAAGAAAUUGCAAAGAAACAUGAGGAGGAUCUUAAAGUUUUGCACCUGAAACUGAAUUCAUAUGCAGAUGCAUCACUGAAUAAAUUUAAACAAUCUGCAAUGGAGCUGAUGGAGAAACCAUCCCUUUCAGUUCCAACACCCAAGCAUCUGGCACGCCUGGCAGAGUUGGAACAAACAGUGGCAGAACAGGACAGCUCACUGUCAGCGCUUGUGGACAAACUGAAGAGAGCAACCAUGGAACUAGAGAAACAGAAAGAUAUUAAUCAGCUGAAAGUGAAAGAGCACAAAAUGGAAAAAGCAAAUCUUGAAGAGAAACAUGCAACUGAGGUAAAGAAACUUUGCAAUGAACUAGAUGAGCUGAGGUGCACCCAGCUGCAGACGGAGAAGGAGGUGCAGUACUUGCAAACUGAACUGGAGGAUCAGAAACAAGCGAAUACAAGGGCACCCACCACCACCAUGAAGAAUUUAGUGGACAGGUUAAAAGGUCAACUUGCCUUGAAAGAGAAGCAGCAAAAGGCUCUGAGUAAAGCACUGUUGGACCUUCGAGCUGAGAUGACAUCCCAAGCAGAACAACAGAUUAUAAACCAGGCUGCACAAAAGGAAGGACACCUCAACGUGCAACAAAUUGUUGAUAAGCAAACUAAAGAACUGAGGGCACGUAUAGAAGAUCUGACAGACCAACUUGCAGCAGCUAAGGACAGUGUGAAGGCGUGUAAGAGCAAGGAACUGGCCACAGCAGCCGAAAUAGAGAACUUAAAUGGAGAACUUCAGAAAAAGCAACGGGUUCAGAACAAAUUACAAGCAGAGAAAGAUGAGCUGAUGAAAGAGAAUGAGGAACUGAAGAAAAAAAUUAAGAGGCUGUGCAACAGCUUGCAGAUGAAGACUGAGACUGACAAUAAGCAGAGCACAAUAGAUGAACUGCAGAAAAAGGUUAGAAGAUUGGAAUGCGAACUAGAUCAGAAGGUGGCAUCUGAGCAAAUGGAGAGAAAGGUUUUGAAAGAGGACAGGACUUCAAAAGAGGAAAUAGUGAGGUGGGAAGAAGGCAAAAAGUGGCAAUCCAGAUUGGAAGGAGUGAAACAUAAACUGAAAGAAAAGGAGAAGGAGCUGGAAACUAUGACCAAGCAGAUCACCACUCUAAAGGAAUUAUAUGCAAAGGCUGAUCAGGAAAAGGCAAUUUUACAGAAGAAACUGAAAGCUCGUGGAAUUACAGCUGACCAGGUAAUAGGUGUCAGAACCAUGGAAUGCGAUCGAGAGAUUGAAGAUUUAAGGAGAAAGAAUACAGACCUUCAAGACCAGAUUGUGAGAAUGAGGCAACAGCAAGCUUUACCACGGGAUUCAGUGGUGGAAGAAUUAACUUUGAAAAAUCAAUAUCUGCAUGAAAAAGUCCAAGCUUUAGAAAAGCAGCUGUCAAAAAAUGCACUUUCCAUUCCAUCAACCUCUGGAAUGGGAGCUGAUGCUUCAGCUCAGAAGGAACAAGAACUUCUGAGAGAGAAUCUCAGGCUGGCUGCAGAGAGCGUGGAGCUGCGUUUUCAACUGGAGCAGGCUGACAAGGACUUGCCACGAUUAAAGGAUCAAAUCGUUAAUUUGCAGGAAAUGUAUCAACUUCUCAAAAAAGAGAAAGCAGAAUUGGAAAGAAAACUUGGAAACAUGCGAGGGUCUGGGCGCAGUGGCAAGACAGUGCCUGAGCUGGAGAAAACAAUUGGUUUGAUGAAGAAAGUGGUGGAAAGAAUACAGCGAGAGAAUGAAGAGCUGAAGAAGGCUCCAGGAGUGAUCUCCAGUGAGAAACAAGCCUGCCUUGAAAUGGAAAAUGAUAAGCUUAAGUCGGAACUCGAGAAAUUAAAAUCACAGGUGGGUGGCCAACUGAGCUUACGUCACGAGUCCAAAACAAAAGGUGUGGAAAAGAUCUUAGCUGAAAAUGAGCGAUUGCGAAAGGAACUCAAAAAGGAAAGUGACUGUACUGAAAAACUGCGAAUUGCUAAAAGCAACCUGGAGAUUAUGAACGAGAAGCUAAGCCAGCAGUUGGAAGAGACCACUAACCGAUUAAGUUUUGCUGAGAGUAGGGGUCCACAACUUGAGGGCGCAGACAGCAAAAGUUGGAAGUCCAUUGUAGUCACAAGAAUGUAUGAGAGUAAGAUAAAGGAGAUGGAGACAGACAUUACAAAAAAGAACCAAAACAUCAACGAUCUUAGACAGCUGCUGAGAGAAUCGACUGAUAACGAGCAAAAGUUAUCAAAACAAAUAGGAGAACUGGAGGAACAGGUUGAAGUUCUUAAGCAUUUCCCUGAAGAAGCUAAAACAGAGCCGGGCCUGACCAGAGAACUUCAGUUAUUAAGACUGACAAAUGACCGAUUAGAAAAAGAAAAAGCUGAACUUCUGCACCAUUUGAGGGUCUGCAGGAAGCAAACAGAAGGCAGCAGUGGCAGCAGCAGAAAUGUUUGCAAUGAUGUAUUAGGCAGUAACGAGGACAAACUGACCGGAGAACUAGUGGAAUUGCAAACUCAACUCAAGGCAUCAGACCUAGAGAAACAACAAUUGCAGGAGGAGAUACAGCAGCUGAAAAGGGAACUGAAGAACUUUGACCCUUCCUUUUUUGAAGAACUUGAGGAUUUGAAGUUCAAUUACAAUCAGGAAGUCAAACGGAACAUUCUUCUUGAAGAACAAUUAAAGAAAUUGGCGGAGCAGUUUGGAGUCCAAGUGACUAUCCCGGAAAAUAUUUCCACUGACUAAGAUGUGCAUCUCCAAGUUCAGUGUUACACAUUUCUUUUGAAGGACAGAUCAUCAAGUUCGGCAAUUCUAUUUGUAAUUUAGAGAACUUCAGCAUACCCUCUCAGACCUGCCUCGUUUGUACUUCGAGUCCAUUAACAAGUAUCUAGUAAUCUUUGUUUUAAAAGUUCCAGUUGUCCCCUUGCUUUCACAGCCUUUUUUUGGGGGAAGUGUUCUAGGUUUCUGCCACCCAGCCGUGUUUAACUGACUGGCCUAUCAGCAGUUAAUCAAAGGCUGUUUUCCUUUUCUCAAUUUAACCAAGGUUCAUGUCCAAAGCAGGCAGGAGUUGGUCUGCGAGUGCUGGCAAGAGACAGAAGGAGCAUGUGGAAAAAUUGUCUCUUUGAACUUUGUAUUUUUCAUUUUCCCAAGGAGACCAUAGAGCUUUGACACAAGUGCUCAAAGAACAUUUGAUGCUAAUCCAUUUAGAAACUAGGGCUCUGAAAAGUAGUAGAGAUUAAGAUGCUGAAGGAGCAAUGGUGCUUCUCACUCGAGAUGGUUCCUCCAUGGGAUUUCUAUAGUUGUCCAUCCGUACAAGUCCUUUCGUUUACAGACUCAUCACAGAUAUUAACGAAGCAAAUCUCAGCUGUAUGUUUCAUCCCUUCCUUGUGGUCAGGUUCCACCCCAUUUACCAAACACUCAGCCUUCAGUAAUAGUACCAAGAUAAACACAGAAACUCAUUUUUAUUUGAGGUUGAUUCUACAGAACCUCCCAUCCUCAAUACCAAAGCGUAAGGCAUGUGAGUAAAGUCAGCAAAAUAACUUAAUUACAAUGUACAUAGAACAAAAGAUCCGUGACAGGGAUGGAAGUUUAUAGGCUUGACCAUACUUCAUCUGUCUUUAACUAUCACAUCUUAGCUCUGCUGCCUAUAGCAGCAGACACAACAUUGAAGAUGUGACCAAGUUCCUUUUCAGUCUCUGCAACCCAUUUUUCUACUGUGCAGAAUAGGAUAGGCACAUAUGUAAACAUAGAGGAACAUGUUAAAACUGAGGACUACUGAUCUAUUUAAAGACUAAAGAUUUGUAUCAACACUUCCUGCUCAAUAAGGACCAGUUACUUAGUGGUCAGUACUUUUAACUAAGGCCUGUAAUCGGAUAGAUUUUUUGUGCAAGUAUUCAAAUCGCCUAUUUUGAAUAAAGUAGUCACAUUGAAAGAAGUGUGAAAAGUAUUUUUGUAGAAUGUAUUUAUAUGUUGAUUAUCUCUUUUAUACUAUAGAACAGUCUUCACAGAACAAGGUUUUGUUAUUUAUUAACGUCAAAUACAGUUGAAGAUAGUUUGUUAGAGGGAGUUUUGCUCUGUAUCUUAUUUGAAAAGCUUUUGAUGUUGACACUUGGAAAGCGUGUUCCAUUUCUUAGCAUAAAUGCUCCUCACCUUUUCAUUUUAGUAAAAAGUAAUAAAAAAAAAUCAUUGAAGUAACUGAA